ACACAUGUCUCAGAGUUCUACCUCAUGUGCUUCUCAGAGAAUGCAGUCCUGCAGCCCAUCCUGUUUGGACUAUUCCUGUCCAUGUACCUGGUCACAGUGCUUGGGAACCUGCUCAUCAUCCUGGCUGUCAGCUCUGACUCCAACCUCCACACCCCCAUGUACUUCUUCCUCUCCAACUUGUCCUUGGCUGACACAUGUUUCAUCUCCACCACGGUCCCAAAGAUGAUUGUGGACAUCUCAACUCAGAGCAGAGUCAUCACCUAUACAGAUUGCCUGACACAGGUGUCUCUUUUUCUCCUUUUUGCAUGUAUGGAUGACAUACUUCUAACUCUGAUGGUCUAUGACCACUUUGUGGCCAUUUGCCACCCCCUGCAUUAUGCACUCCUUAUGAACCCUCACCGCUGUUUCUUAUUACUUUUGCUGUCAGUCUUUCUUAGCCUUUUAGACUCCCAGUUGCACAAUUUAGUUGCCUUACAAAUUACUUGUUUCAAAGAUGUGGACAUUCCUAGUUUCUUUUGUGACCCUUCUCAACUCCUUGACCUUUCAUGUUCUGAUACCUUAAUCAAAAUCUUAGUCACAUACAUGGUAGGUAUCCUGUAUGGAUUUUUCCCCACAUCAGGGAUCAUUUUCUUCUACUGUAAAAUUGUUUCUGCCAUUCUGAAAAUCCCAUCAUCUAGAGGGAGGUACAAAGCCUUUUCUACCUGUGGUUGCCACCUGUCAGUUGUUUGCUUAUUUUAUGGAACAGGCAUUGGAACCUAUCUUGGUGCAGCCAUGUCACAUACUCCAAGCAAGGGCAUGCUCGCCUCACUGAUGUACACUGUCAUCACCCCUAUGCUAAAUCCCUUCAUUUACAGCCUGAGGAACAGAGACAUUCUUAGAAAGCUGAAGAGGCUCCCCCUGUGGAAAAUCUAA